AUCAUCAUCAUCAACAACAACAACAACAUCAUUCUAAUAAGGUCACAGAGAAUUUUAUUUUGAAAAAAAUCACAUUCAAAUGUAUUUUAAAAACAACGGCAGCCAAAUUCAUUGACAAAUGUUGUUUACGUUUUUUUCGAUAAACAAUUUUACCAAAUAUUUUAUCCUUUUCUUUUUAUUGAUAUUUUUAUUGAUACUCAUAUCGAAUGUACCAUUCGGUUUUUUUGGUCAUUCGAAUGACAAUGAAAAUAUUGAUUCAUCAACCGAAAUAAUAUUGGCCCGUUUAAGUCGGGCUAUGGCUGAAUUGACAGCACUUAAAUCACAAAAUGAAGAACUUAGAAAUCUUAUACAAAAUUUUAUUCCACAAUUACAAUUGAAUGAUGAUAUCCAUAAUGGUGAUGAUCGAAUGGCUUCAAUUCAUUCAUCAUACAUUGGUCAUAAACAGUUUGAUGGUGCAAAUUCAAUAUUCUCAUUAGAUUCACAAUUUGAAUUUAGUCGACGAAAAUUAACGACCGAUGUGAAUGAAUUAUGGAAUUAUAUUCGUACAGUAGAAACGACAAAAGCUGAAACGAAAAAUUUUGUCAAAGAACUUAAAAAUAGUCUACUAUUUGAUCUGGUCAUCAUCGCUAAACGUGAUGAACGAUCCAGAUAUAAACAAUUGGAACUAUUAUCCAAUUAUAUACAGAAUCGAAUUCAUGAAUUACAGAAUCCAAAAGAUUGUAAAACAACUCAAAAAAUUGUUUGUACACUGAACAAAGGCUGUGGAUUUGGCUGUCAGAUUCAUCAUCUAUCCUAUUGUAUGGUUAUUGCUUUAGCUACUAAACGCACUCUGAUAUUGAAUUCACAGAAUUGGCGUUAUGCAAAUAAAAUUCAUGGCUCAUCAACAGCUAAAUCUUCAUCAUCAUCAUUAUGGGAAUUGGCAUUCCAACCGCUCAGUCAUACCUGUCUAAAUGAUUCAGGUUCACCACGUACAAAUUGGCUCAAUUCUAUUGAUCAUAAUCAUCAUCAUCCACGAAAUGUUCAAGUAAUUGAUCUGCCGAUAUUAGAUUCAUUGAGACCACGACCACCUUAUCUUCCAUUAACAAUUCCGCAAGAGAUAUCAAAUGAAUUAACUACAUUACAUGGUUCACCAUUUGUUUGGUUUAUUGGACAAAUAUUACGAUACAUAAUGAAACCAUCGGAUGAAAUUGAACAAUUUCUUUCGAUGAAACGAAGUAAAUUUAAUUUCAAACAUCCAAUCGUUGGUGUUCAUGUACGACGAACAGAUAAAAUAAAUACCGAAGCUUCAUUUCAUUCGUUAUCUGAAUAUAUGAUACAUGUUGAAGAUUAUUUUGAUCGUUUAGAAUUGUUCAAAAAACGUCAAAAUGAUGAGACAACCACCAAACGUAUUGUAUAUUUGGCUACCGAUGAUUCUAGUGUAUGGAGAAAAGAAGUGCCGAAAUUUGAAAAGAAAGGCUAUAAAUUUAUUGGUGAUUCUGAGAUUUCCGAUACAGCUAGCGUUAAUCGUCGAUAUUCAUUUGAUUCGCUCAAAAAUAUUAUUCUUGAUGUAUGGAUGUUGAGCGAAACAGAUUAUAUUGUCUGUACGUUUAGCUCACAAGUUUGUCGAUUAGCAUAUGAAUUAAUGCAAUCGAAAAAUCCUGCUGUUGAUCGUUCUAACAAUUUCUUUUCACUUGAUGAUAUUUAUUAUUUUGGUGGUCAAAAUAGCCAUAAUCAAAUUGCCAUAUUAGAUCAUGAAGCAGCAACCAAAGAUUCCGAGAUAAACAUCAAACGUGGUGAUAUAAUUGGUAUUGCUGGUAAUCAUUGGAAUGGCUAUAGUAAAGGCAUUAAUCGUGUUACACAACAAGAUGGUCUUUAUCCGGGAUUUAAAACCAAAGAAAAAAUCGAAACAGCUAGUUUUGAAUUGUUCAAAGAUUUUAAAGAUUCUCAUCAUCAUCCAAAACAUAAUACAGACGACGACGACGACGACGACAAAAUCAACCAAAUUGAAUGAGUAAUUUUUUUUUUUGUUUCAUUCUAGUAGAAAAUUUCAUUGUCUAUCUGUAAAUAUUAUUAUCACUCUGUGCAAUAUAUGAAUCUAUUUUUUCGUUGUUUUUUAAUUCGUUUCUCAUUUUUUUUUAUCUUAUUAUUAUUUGAUCCCAAAAAAAGAUGUAUUUUUUGUGAUAUCUUUUCCAA